UUUAUUGUAUAUAUAUAUUUUAUAUAAAACUGUCUUUCAAAUCUUAAGUCUUAAGUCUAAGAUACAAUAGUUUAUGACCUGGUGUUUUCCAGGUGUUUAGAAAAUGAAAAAUGUGUCUCAGCUUUAUAAGAGCUGCUGCAGGUCAGCUCCAGCAGAACAUCCAAAGACAUCUGAAGAGUUUGCUUCCUACUGAAGAAGAUUUUUACACACUCUUAUUAAAAAUGCUGAGCAGGGUUUUGUUUGCCUGUGUGUGUCUGGGUCUGUACAGCGCAUGCUCCUCUCUGAGCUGCAGGUGGAUGGAUCAAAAAUUCAGUCAGUUCAGUGGAACAUCCUUAGACCUGCUGGAUAUGAUGGCUAAUAACGCCACUAACAGCACUGAGGCUGAGGAGAACACUGUAGGCUUCCCUCAUCAUCUGUACCACCAGGCCUCCAAAGCUUCAGCGGAGGAUAAAGUAGCAUUCGUGGUCCAGAUUCUGAAGGAGGUGUCCUCCCUGUUUGAGGAGGACCACAGCCCUUCAUCUUGGGAGGAGACCACAGAGGAGAACUUUCUCAGUGUCAUCACCCAACUGGCUGAUGAGCUCCACUCCUGCGUUGGAGGUCAGGGCCACAUCAAGAAGAAGAACACAAAGCUGCACAUGUAUUUUAAGAGACUGUCACACCACAUCCUGAAGAAAAUGGGCCACAGCGCUGAAGCCUGGGAGCUGAUCAGGAGGGAAAUCAAAGCUCAUCUGAUCAGAGCAGACCAUCUGGUCUCAUCUUUACUCACCAGAAACUGA